ACCCUUUGGAGGCACCACUUGUUGCCAGUGUGGUUUAUAGUUUGCAAAAUUCCCUUUAGAGUUAGUAAAAUAACUCAUUUAGACUUGUUACACGCGUUUUCUGUAGAGACAAUGCUCCUACGUACUGACUGUAGGAGCUUAUCUGGUCUUUCCUCAGCCCAGUCUCCUGGCUGCUCUUGGCUCUGAACAGGAAGGAGGUUGACGCAUUUUCCGCAGGCGCAAACCGGGGAAAGUUGUUUCCUGAAGUUCACACCGUGUUCGUGUUGAUACAUUUCAUACCAAACCUUUGCGCCAGCGUGACUCUGGUGGACUUGUAGGAGUUUUUCCAGGCUUCUUCUUCGUGUGUUUGUUUGUGCUGGCCGCUGCCCUGCCUCUGAUGGAUGAAGCCGUCUGACAGGAGGAUGAGCUCCAAGGAGGAAGACUCAGAGGCGAGUCUGCGGGCCCAGCUAGCAGAGAGCCAGGCGCAGGUCGAACACUGGCAGGGUGUGGCGACCAUCUGUGAGCUGAGCAAACAGGAGGAACUGGCAGAGCUGCAAAAACAAUGUGAUGAAGAGAUCCAGUCACUGCAGGAGGCUCUCAGAGAGACAGCAGCUCAGUAUGAAGCCAGGAUAGCUGUGCUGCAGUCUCAGCCUGUAGAGUGGAGGAGACCCAGUGGACACAACAUGAUUAGUAGCAGGAAGGGCAGGGUGGAUCCAGAAGUCUCUGCUAAUGAAACACCGCUCGUCAACAGCCUGACAGACGAUGAAACGUCAUCUCCGGCGUACAGAACUCGUCUGGAAGCCGAGGGAGAAGGAGCGGCGCUUUCAACAGAGGACUACUUUUCAUUACAGCACUGUGACUCUGCCUCACUGUCCUCCUUCAUGUUGGACACACCCUCCCUGCCCAGAAAGCUCCUCGCUCAGGAAGAUACGGAGUCACUGGUGUCCACAGGAACUCUGGUGCCCGAAGCCAUCUACCUGCCUCCGGCCGGACACCGACUGGUAACGCACAGCGACUGGGACGCACUCAAUGCACAGCUGUCGGAGCUACGAGGGGAAGUGAGUCGUCUGCAUGCGGAGAAAGAAGAGCUGGAGAGAGAACUGGAUACACAAUCCAACCACACACACAAACAAGUGUCAGUGCUGCAGUCUCAGGUCCAGGCCUCAGAAGCUCUCCUUCAGGAUUUGCAGAAAUCUUUCAGCCAAUCUCAGAAUGCAGUCCAGAGUCGGCUGUCAGAGUUGUCGCUGUCUCAGAGGAAGAUGUGCAGCGAGCUGUCCAGACUGAAAGGAGAAGAGGCAGAGGAGAGUGUGUCAGAAAGCAGCUCAUCGUUCUCCGCCACACUGCAUGGGCCGCAUUGUGAGGAGCGCCUUCGCAUAGAGAUCGUCAACCUGAGGGAGCAGCUGGACACUCGCACAGAGGAGAACGAGGUUUUAGAGGUGCAGCUUUCCACUCUGAGAACGGAGACUGAGAAGAUUCAGUCUGAGCUGCUGGCCUGUCACACUGAGCUGGACGCCCUGCGGGUGGCGCUCACUCACCUACAGUCCACCAACAAAACCCUCAGCAAUGAAAAAGCGGCUCUGCACCAACAGAGUCUGGAGCUGCGAAGCCAAGUGAUCAGUCUGCGCUCUCAGCUCGACACCAGCCAGGCUGUUCAGAUGGACUUCGUCCAGCUCUCCCAGUCACUACAGGUGAAGCUGGAGCUGGUUCGCCAGGCAGAAAGUCUGGAACAGGUGAGACAAAUCCUGGAGGGGGAUACCGGUCCGGCUGGCUCGCAACCUGCUGAUGCCUCGUGAGGCUCCAGAACCAAAGACCCAGAGAGGUCAGGCAGAGACUCGGGUGGAGGGACUGCCGGUGCUGCUAUAACCCUGGAUCUGCACGUGGACGAUAUGACCCUCAUAGCGGAGGAUUUUAUUUGCCAGACACGGUUGAUUAGUGACCAAAUUAGCCACUAAUGCACUCUCUGUGCAGCAUUUUUGUAAUACUGACCUGCUCCAGCAAAACACUCAACUCUCCAACACUAACAGUUAUCAUUAUGCAUAAAACAGACGUUUCUCUGUAAAGUGGUGCAAAACAGACGUUCCUAAUCACCAGCUUUCUCUUAGCAUUUUUAUGUAUUUUUGGUAUUAUAAAUAACUAUAAUAUGCAUAUUUUUGGGUUUAGCAGAAACAUUCCUAUUUUAUAACAAUAGAAGCUAGGGUAGAGAGUUAUUCAAGAAUUAUAUUUCUUGUCUUAAUACACGCUGAUAUAACAGAGAACAUGCAAUUAUUCUCAAGUAUUAAGGUCUAACACAAUGAUGGAUCAAUUCCUGGCUCUGUGCGACUGAACAUACAGAUACGCUACUGAAAAUUAAGAUUCCAUGUUUUCUUUAGUACACAUCUUUAUUUUUUAAGAACAGAAUAAACAGAAAAGCUUUUAUAUUCCUUAACUAUAUAUUAUUUUCAAUACAUACACAGAAAAACAAUUGCAGCAUUUUUUUGGUGUAUUUUCAGGAUGCCUUUUGUGUCUUGUAUUCACACCGCUGGAUGUUUUUGAUCAUGUGACUUGGAGCGCAGUCGUUCCGCUGCAGCGCUCUGCCUUUUCGCUCUGUCCUCCGUGUCUCAGUGCUUCCCUCGCUUCAGACGCUCGCGGCCUCUUCUGUCUUUAGACUUUUCCUGGAUGGACAAAGAAAAGAUGUGUUGGUUCUAAGCAAAAUUGGAAGAUGAUUUGCUUUGAAGUUGUUUUUACAAUUUUACAACUCAUCAGGACAUUGUGGAAAGUACUGUAACCAGUGUUUGUGGAAUUAAAGCAGAUGGUUUUAAGUAUGGUUCUGUGGAAAAGUCGUGAACUGGUUCAACACUUGUUGUAACAACCUCAGUUUGGAGAAAUGCUAUUUUCUCUGACAAUGACACUCAUGUAAAUGUUGCCAUUCAGACUUAUUUAUAUAGAGGUUUGUGCUGGGGAGCUCUCUCUUUAUUAACCUAAUAAGGUUAAUAAAACAUUGUUUGCACAGAUUGCUAUGAAUAUUUUUUUAGAUUAGACUUGUUUUGGCUAGCUCUGUUUCUCUAAACUGAGGUUGUUCUGAGCAUCAGAUGAUAAAUCAUAACCUCCCCCAUGUGAAAGAUCUGAACUAUCGCUUUAAUUUGUCAUCAUUCUGUAAUUUAAUGCCAAACAACCCCUGAGCAUCAAAACUAAAUCCACUCUGUUUGUUAUUCCCUCUGAAUUUAGUUUAAACAACAAUAAACUGAAAGUUUAAGUGUU